AUGUUCUCCCACAUUAGUGCGUCCAUCAAGCACAGUGCUAGAUGCUUCUCCACCGCUGCAAAGCCUCAAGUUUCAUCAAACACUAAGAAAAUCGUCAAUGCUGCAGUUGCUGCUACAGGUUUAACUGCUGCCUUUGUACUAUACCAAGAUUCUCAAACUGCACAGGCAAUGACAGCAGCUGAACAUGGUCUUCACCCUCCUGAAUUUGGUUGGUCUCAUAAUGGUAUGUUUGAUACUUUUGACCACGCGUCUAUUAGAAGGGGGUUCCAAGUUUACAGAGAGGUUUGUGCUGCUUGUCACUCGCUCGACAGAAUUGCAUGGAGAACUUUAGUUGGUGUCUCUCAUACAAACUCCGAAGCUAAGGCGAUGGCUGAAGAAUUCGAAUAUGAUGACGAACCAGAUGAUGAAGGUAAUCCAAAGAAAAGACCUGGUAAAUUGGCCGACCAUAUUCCAGGCCCUUAUGCUAACGAACAAGCUGCAAGAGCUGCUAACCAAGGUGCAUUGCCUCCAGAUCUUUCCUUGAUUGUCAAGGCAAGACACGGUGCUUGUGAUUACAUCUUUUCUUUGUUAACCGGUUACCCAGAUGAACCUCCAGCAGGUGUCACUCUGCCAGUUGGUGCAAACUACAACCCUUACUUCCCAGGUGGCUCCAUCGCCAUGGGUAGAGUCUUAUUCGAUGACUUGGUUGAAUACGAAGAUGGUACCCCUGCAACCACCUCCCAAAUGGCAAAGGACGUGACCACCUUCUUGAACUGGGCUGCAGAACCAGAACAUGACGAAAGAAAGAGAUUAGGUGCUAAGGCUUUGGUUGUUGUCACCGCCCUCUACUUUGUCUCGGUCUUUGUUAAGAAGUUCAAGUGGACUACCAUCAAGCAUAGAAAGAUUGUUUACCACCCUCCAAAGAAAUAA